AUGACCUUCUCCGGCCAUGCGAGUCCCAAUUCGCCCAUGCCUGGCUCUCCUCCCGACCUGACCGGCUCCAAGUCCUCCAAAUCCUCCUCGUUCCACUCCUCCUACCUGUCAGACGACAAUUCCAUCCUUUCGGAUGUCGGAAAUUUCGAAGAUAUAGGGUUGGAUGACGAGUCCAGGGCAGAGGCAGAGAUUGGGGACUUUGAAGUCAAGACCAGCAGCAACCCUUACGACGCGACGUAUAAUGCUGAUCUCCGAUCUGCUGCCAAACAGAGGAAGCGUAUUCCGAUGUCCACUACUCACGGGAACCGAAACCAGAGGGAAUUGACUUCUGGGAAGACUCGGCCAGCGUUCCCAAGUCUGCGUGGACAAGUGAGGAGUGCGACGACUGAUGGGUUGGGUUUAUUGCCUAUACAUAAUGGAACGGCGCCCAGGAGGUUUACGACCAACGCCCAGUCACUGCCAAUUGCCAAACGUAAUCGAAGUACGAGUCCGAACAUACCGCGAAGUCCGAGCUACAAUUCUGCGUUAAAAACAAGGAGGGGAAGCUGGCAAGCUAAUAGGGAACGCAAGACGGCUUUGGAACUUGAAAAGGAGUGUGAUGAAGAGGACGGCGACGAUGUUCCGGACGAAUGUUUUCUCGAGAACGUCCCCAUUUCUCCACGUCCGCCUCAAGAACGAACGAAGAGCAUGCCUCCAUCUGCGUCAACGAGUCCUGAACGCCCCCCAAAGGAAAAGGUUCGAAGUGUCGGGAAUGGUACAUCACCUAGACCUGCUGAGCAGGGAGAAUUGCGUUCACCAAGAGCUGGGAUGAAUCGUAAUGCGAGCAUGGGGCAAUUCCCAAUCAAUCAUGACAACUUCCCCAAAGGCAGAGCCAAGAGCUGGACUGAUGCCUUGUCGGAAUUGAGUCCUGAAGCCAAAGCUUUGACUGAGGCAUUGGAGGCACAUGCAGAAGAUGAAGAACAGAAAGUGGUAGAUCCACGGCUACGAAGGAGUUUCAGCAAGUCCAAUCGACCAGCAACGGUUGAGAAACAGAGAGUCAGAUCUGCAAUUGCAGAGUUGCCGCCACUGCGAAGAACUGACAUAAUGAUUGAUCCUUUGCCAAUCUCGAAAGAGAAGGAAGCGGUUCUAUCUCGUACACGGCCGUCAUGGUUGCCACCCAAGAACCCUGCCGAGGAGAAAAAACACCUGAAAGAAUAUCAGAAGAUGAUGGCAUCUGCUAUCGAGGCAGAGAAGAAGAGGGAAGCUGACAGGCGAGCGAAGACUACUUGCAGAGAUGAUACUGCCAAUUCCUUGCUGCGGAUUUGGGAAGAACAUGUUUUGCCUAACUGGGAUGAAGCCACACGUCAGAAGCGCACAAGAGAAUUAUGGUGGAGAGGAAUUGCUCCUCGAAGCCGUGGUGCUGUUUGGGCGAAAGCCAUUGGCAACGAGCUUGGCUUGUCGGAUUCUUCAUAUACUGCGGCUUUGAGAAGGGCGCAGGCCUUGGAGAGGACGAUAGCCAGCGGCUCGCAGCUCAGUGGUGAAGAGCAGAAGAAGAAGGCAUCGUUGGACAGGAUUGCGAAGGAUGCUGAAACAACAUAUCCUGAGUUGAGAAUAUUCCAGCCAGAUGGACCUCUACAUAGGAGCUUGGUGGAUGUGUUGAAGGCAUACGCUAUGUACAGAAGCGACGUUGGAUAUGUGCCUGGCACAAGUACCAUAGCAGCUCUUCUACUCCUCAAUCUGCCAAGUCCUUCUGCUUCUUUCUGCGCUCUUUCGAACAUCCUCAAUCGACCUCUUCCUCUUUCCUUCCACACCUCCGAUUCUGGCGCGACAUCGCGUGCCUACUCACUUCUUCUCUCAACCCUCCAGGCUCGUUCUCCUCAGCUACACAAGCACCUAGCAUCCAUGAACCUCAAUCCCGAAAUCUAUCUCCGCGACAUCUUCACCUCUCUAAUGACCGGUUGCUUGAGCCUGGAUAAUGCUUCCCGAUUAUGGGACGUGAUGGUUUUCGAGGGCGAUGCAGUAGUUGUCCGCGCUGGUGUGGCAUGGUUAACAAACAUGGAAGGCAAGCUAUUUGGUGCAGAGUCACCGAAAGCUGUCUAUGACAUUGUUCGAAAAGGGUUGGAUAAUAUGGAGGAGGAAUCAUGGAUUACUUCUGUGAGAGCAGCAGGUAAACAAUGA